UAAUUAUUGUUGUUAAGAAUCAAGAUAGAGUUCAAAGUAGAAGAAAAAAAGUUAAUUUUGCUCAAUUAGAAUAAUGAUUUAACCAGAUUAAUUGUAUUCUAAUAAUAAUAUUCUUGUUGCUUUUUUUUCAAAUCUAAUUACUAAUCCAUAGUUCGUAAUCAUUAUGUUAAUCUUGUGUCCAAAGACUAUCAACUGAACCAUUCUAAUCAAUUGGUUAGUGUUUUGUUUCCCAUUUUGUGCAUUUAAAAAUCAUCAGCAACCAGAAAAGAGAGUAAAAGUGAUUAGUGAUUAGUCUUCGUUGUCUAAUUGUUGAUUGUUAAUCUUAAUCCACAAAUAAAAGAAAAUGGGUUCUUCCAAUGUGGAUAAAAUGUCACCAGGAUUAAUUCACUUAACCAGGAUACACUCAGUUCGUUCAAGCGAUUCUUCUGGUCAAGGUUAUGAUUCCCUCGAAUCCUCAUUUGCCGAUGAAAGAAUCGAUGAUCGCUCAUGGUCAUGGAUUUAUCUCAAGUCAGAAUUCACAGGAAAAGAUUCUGAGAAAUUAUUCCUCAAAUAUCAAGCUCGACUUCAACACAAUUUCUUUAUGGUUUUACUAUUACUCAACAUCUCCUUUAAUCUAAUUGCCAUCGCUUUUUACCUUUGGGAUAAACAAGUGAAUAGUUUUCCAGGUGAAGCUUUAAUGAGAGGAUCAGCAUUAGUUGUUUACUUUGCUUUUCUAGUAUUAACUUGUCUCGAGGAGCAAUGGCUUCGUCCUCGAUUCGCUCGAAUCGUUGCCGCACUCACCGUUCUAGUGGCCAUGAUUGUCUCUGAACAUGGAGGUGCUCUUUUCGCUGUAACUGGAGACAAAACGGUCUACCCUUUACAAAGGAUUCGACCGACAUUUUCAAUCAUCUUGACAAAUCACGUUUUCCUGCCAUUUCCAUCUCGAGUUCAUGCUUGUAUUUGCACUCUGGUCAUUGUCUCACUCGAACUGUUGUUAACAAUCAUAUCAAGAGCUCAAUCUGAUUGUGCAUCAACAUCAAUCAUUCGUUACGCUAUUGCAGACACGAUAUUUUACUCUUUAGGUGCUUUUAUUGGUUUCUUUUUGACCUUUCUACUUGAGAUUGCUAAUCGAAAGGCCUUUCUUGACCAUCGAUCUUGUGUCGAAUCUAAAUUUAAAUUAGAUUAUGAAAAAGAGCAACAAGAUUCCCUUUUAUCAUCGUGUUUACCUCGCCAUUUAAUGGAUCGGGUUCGUAAUGACAUUAAAUUGGUUAUCGAGCGGAAAGAAAGGUCACAACGAAGUCGACAAAAACCUUUCAAUGAACUUUAUGUUGAGAAAUAUAAAAAUGUCACAAUACUUUAUGCUGAUAUCGUUAAUUCAAUGCUUUUGGCAGCUAAAUUGUCACCAAAUGAUUUAGUUGAAACAUUGAACACUUUGUUUGGACGAUUUGACGAAUCAUCGGAAAGAAAUGAUUGUCUUCGUAUUAAACUUCUUGGUGAUUGUUAUUAUUGUGUCUCCGGUGUUCCUGAGUAUGUUGAAAAUCAUGCUGUUAAUUGCGUUCGAAUGGGUCUUGAAAUGAUUGCGAUAAUCAAAUCAGUUCGAGAAGAGACUCAAGUUGAUGUUGACAUGAGAAUCGGUGUCCACUCGGGAAUGGUUUUAUCUGGACUUCUUGGACUCCACAAAUGGCAAUAUGAUAUUUUCUCAAAAGAUUCAAUGAUCGCCAACGAAAUGGAGCACACUGGAGUACCUGGAAGUGUCCAUAUAACUCAGGCCACUCUUGACCUGAUUCCACUGGCAGAGAGACGAGAAUUCUGUAUAAGAGAAAGAAAGCAUGAGAAUGAAGAAUCAACCUAUUUGAUUACACCUCGAGUUCUUCCUUACAAUAUUAGAACUUCCUAUGGAUAUCGAAAUGGAAGGCAAGUUUUUAAGAACAGCGUUUCCAUGGACUCGUUAACAAUUGCCAAUCUACAACGAACUGUUCUCGUUGAAAGUUUACAAAAAUAUCGAGAAAUGGUCAAGUAUGUCAAUGAUUUUCUUGCCGAUACAAUUGAUGAAAUGCCUUUGGGGAAGAAAGCACUUUGGCUUCGACAAGCUGAUAUUAAUCCGAUUCUGUUAAGUUUCACCAAUACUUUCACCAAGCGAUAUGGAAGCAAUUUAUUUCAAAUGGAAAGACAGUUCGCCAUUCAAACUGAUCCACUGUUUCGCUAUUAUCUUUAUUGUUCUGGAUUAAUUUGCUUAUCAAUGGUCGCAAUUAAAACCGUUAUACCAAACAUGCCGAUUUCGUCUAAAUUAACUUGGACAUUUUUCGUUACCGUGGUCAUUAUCACCGGCUCCUUGACAUAUACUUUCUGGACGCGGCAACAAUUAAAAUAUUUAGUUCGAGUAAUGAUUUGGUUUGUGAUUACAGUUUGGCUUUUACUCUGUGGUACACUGGACAUGAUUAGAGAAGAUUGUAUGAAAGAUCAGAAAACAACAAGUCUUGCUGAUUGUGCCUUCACUUGGUAUUACACGUUCUGUCUAAUCUUGGCAUUGACGAGUAUUAGUUUAUUCCUACGAAUCAAUAUGUGGUUUAAAUUGGCUCUUAAUUUGUCAGCAUUGUUAAUCUUUAUUACUUUGAGUAGUUUAGAUUGUUCAGUUAUAUCGAUUCUUGAUUCUCGAACUAAAUGGAAAUAUUUAGCUUAUGGAUCGGAUUUAGGUCACAUUUAUUAUAUUGUCACAGUUUCGAUUAUUCUUCAUGUUAUCGAUCGACAAAUUGAAUAUAUUCUUCGACUUGGAUUCCAAUGGACAACGAGAUUGGAGGUCGAAAGACGCGAAGCUUUGGUUAUGGGCGAAAUUAAUCGAAUCCUUCUUGAUAAUAUUCUACCUCAACAUGUCGCCCAACGAUUCUUAUAUUCAUCAUUCAAUGGAGCUCAAAGAUAUUAUCAUGAAUCAUAUGAUUCGAUUGCUGUUAUGUUUGCCUCGAUUCCUAAUUAUGCUCAAUUUUAUACCGAAACAAAUAUCAAUGAAGAAGGAUUGAAAUGUUUACUUCUACUCAAUGAAAUUAUCUGUGAUUUUGAUAAGCUUCUAGCUGAUCCUUCAUUUGCACGAAUUGAAAAAAUUAAAACCAUUGGAAGUACUUACAUGGCAGCUUCGGGUUUACACCCUGGACGAGGUUCAACCGAUAGUGAUUCUAGUCUUGAGGAAUUGAAUCUCAAUGUGUUGGAAUUGGUUAACUUUGGGACAGCCUUGAUGGAAGCACUUGCUCAAAUAAAUAAAGAUGCAUUGCAAGAGUUUAAAUUGCGAAUUGGUAUCUCCUCAGGUCCAGUGAUUGCUGGUGUUGUUGGUGCACUUAAACCUCAAUAUGAUAUUUGGGGUGAUACGGUUAAUGUUGCCAGUCGAAUGGAUUCUUAUGGUGUAAUUGGACGUAUAAAUGUAACUGAAUCAGUGGCUGAUAUAUUGAUGCAAUGUUCAACACUUGAGUUAGAGUGUAGAGGACCAGUUUUAAUUAAGGGUAAAGGUGAAAUGGUCACUUAUUUGGUAAAAACGCCUUUUGACUCGUGAA